CGCACAAUUAAAGCUUUGGGCCAAACAUGGCAUGAGGAUUGCUUUGUGUGUGGCGGACCAUGCCACAAACCCCUAGUCGGUACGUCUUUCUACGAGCGCGAUGGCCGGGCCUAUUGUAAAACGGACUUUGAGGAACUCUUUGCGGCACGUUGCGCUGGCUGCACAAAACCUAUCACAGAGAAUGCGAUUGUGGCGUUAAAUGCCAAAUGGCAUAGGGACUGCUUUAAAUGCAAGAAAUGCGCCAAUCCUAUCACAGCGAGUAUAUUCGCCGUUGAAGAGAACAAACCAGUCUGUACCGAGUGCUCAGCCUAAAACGAGCCACAAAUAAGCGCAGCGAAAAGCAAAGAAGUGAUUAUGUAAUGUGCAUGCGAUGAACAAUGUAUAGCAAGCAAAACGAAUAAUUACCCGAAAAUUUUUAUUUUAAAUGCAACUCAAAUAACAAAAGAGAUAAAAGAGAAAAAAUGUACACAUUACGAGUCAGAAAGAAUUCGUGCAGCUAAGAAUUUUUGUUUUUCAAAUAUGUAAUUUCCCCUUAAAUGUGUUCGCUAUUGCGCCACUAACCAGAAUACACAUAAAAAAUUGCACAAAUUUUCAAAAAAAAGUAUUCAGAUAACACUUUAAUACACAUUCCACAUAAACACGAUCCACAUAACCACAGUCCACACAGGCCAACACACAAAUUAACGCGCCGAACGCUGUUCACAACCGAAUGACCGACUAUCGUACGAACUAAAUAGCUGUUGUAUGUACUAUGUCUUCACAGCAUAGCCUUGAAGUAGGCUUAGUCUAAAAAUGCGCUUUAAGAACCCUUAAAAAUUAUAUACUCGACCAUACGAACUGAUAUUUUUCCCAAUUACUGCAGGCAAACUAAUUAUUUAAGAUUCUAUUUGCGUUUGAAUCGUUUAAAGAAAAUCGUUGCUUCUAUAUUUUCUCUGAUUUUUUGAUAAAGGAAAACAUUAAGCUUAAUUGUUUUAUAUUACUAAGGCCUUUUUUAAUAAAAACAUGUACUAAAAAUCAUGUAAAUUUUAAUGGUUAAUUCGCCUAAGCAACAAAUUUUUUUAUUUUGAAUUUUUGCGAUUUUCAUUCUGUUCUGGACUACUGUUUUUUAACACGAAUGAAAUUAAAAUUUAAAAUAUUUUGGUAACGGAAAAAAAUUGCUUUUUGGUAGUCUCUCUACACGCUUCAUACAAAAAUUAAAAUUUUGUUACUUAAGCAAUAAAUUAUCGAAUAUUUCCCGCUGGACAGUAGAUGGCACUCGACUAAAAUUUUGACAACUUAUAUAAAGAGUGGACAGCAAAUACUUAUUACACGAAAUUACA